AUGGUUUACGAAUCGUCGUCUCUCCGCAAUGAGUAUGACUUAGCUGUGGCUGAGAAUUCUGGCCUUGGCCAGCUUUUCCAUCAACAAGUACUCCGAGAUCCGGAGGCCAUCGCGGUAGUCGAUGGAACGACGUCCCUGACUUACCAAGAGCUCCAUGCCAAAGCCGCCCUCCUUGCCAAUGAGCUGAGGCGAGAAGGCUUUGACUUGCAGGAACCCGUUGGCAUCGUCGUCCAACAUGGUGUUUGGGAUAUUGUCACCCAGGUAGCUGUCAUAUACGCUGGUGGAAGCUGUGCAACUAUGGACCCCACGUUACCAGAUCAACAAAUCGAUGCCCGGCUGCAACGGCUUGGAAAUGCUCGAUACAUUCUCGUUGACCAACCCAAUUCGCAACGCACCUUGCUGCACUCGAAUUUCCGCCAUAUUGUCAUAGAUAAUCCUCUCUCCUUUGCCACCGAAGAAUUGCGGAUGGCAGAUACUGCCCUACCAGCCAUCACCGAUCUUGAGCAUCGAACUCAUGUCAUCCACACCUCCGGCACGACGAGCGAGCCAAAAGCAGUCCAGAUUGCAGGUCGGUCCAUUCUGGAGGUCGUAUUUCAUGCACCCUUCGAACCCGUCAUGCGCAGCGACGUAGUAGCGCACGUUAAUAACACCAGCUUCGACGUUUCCUUGUUCGAUAUUUGGGCUCCAUUGCUACGUGGUGCCCGCAUCGCAGUGCUACAAAAGACAACACUGUUGGAUUUGCCGCUCAUGGCUGAAGAGAUCGAGAAGCUCGGAAUCACCUUUAUGGCAACCACUACUGCCUUGCUCAAUCUUGCUGCAGCGACAUUCCCAAAUGCCUUUGCCUCUCUACGAAUAUGCUGGAUAGGAGGGGAGGCUGCCAACAUGAGCGCCAUUGAGACUAUCUUCCGCCACACUCCGCCCCAGAACCUCAUCAACGCCUAUGGACCCACGGAGUGUUGUGUCCUCUGUCUCGCCCACCGCAUUACAGAGGACGAUAUCCAGUCGGGACGAGUCAGUAUCGGGAAGCCCAUUGGCCGCACCACGGCGCACAUUCGAGACCCGGACUCUGGAGAGCCGGUAGAAAAUGGUGAAGCCGGCGAGCUGUGGGUGGCUGGACCCGGAGUGUCUCCUGGCUAUGUCAAUCGACCGGAGAAGAACAAAACGGCUUUUGUCCUAGUGGAUCUCGGUGAUGGGUUCCCCGUGCGUAUGUACCGCACGGGUGAUAUAGUUCGUCGCCGUCCUGACGGGCAGAUCGAUUAUAUUGGGCGACGGGACAACCAAGUCAAAGUGCGUGGCUUUCGCAUCGAGCUUGAGGCCGUGGAGGCGGCCUUGAUGAAGACAGGCCACUUUUCAGAGGCGAUUGCCCUCAAGGUCGAUGCUGUGCCGGAGGGCGCCAGUUCUCAUUUAGUCGCAUAUGCGGUGCCAACCUCCUCCGCUAGCGAUGUCUCUCUCCAUACAGUGACGGAAGCCGUUCGCGCCGUGCUACCGGAUUACAUGGUGCCUCAGAUCCAAUUGAUCGACAAGAUGCCCCUCAACAACCAUGCUAAAGUUGACCGCAGCCUACUGGCCCAACGAUAUCGCCAGCGAUGGACGCAGACCCCAGCAUACAAAACACUAUGCCGCGUGAAUGCGGAAGCCGACAGUGAUACCCGCACCCAUCUAGCGACUGUCUGGGCGAGCAUACUCGGCCUUCCCAACUCUGAUUUCAAGGACAGUGACGAUUUUUUCCAGCUUGGGGGAACGUCGCUGCAGGCGUCCUGGCUCAUCAGUCGGAUCCGCACUAUCUUUCAGUUGGAUCUCUCACUUCUCACUUUAUACGACGACUCCACGCUGGGUGGCUUGACAACUGCCAUUGAAAAAGUCCGGAACGGCGUGGUGGAAGUCGUGCGCAAUGAGAGAGAGCAAUGGAUCGCAGAUACGUACAUAGCUGACGUUCUUCUGGCCCCAACGGCGCCCGUAGUGGACUGGAAUCGUGAUACCGAAGGGCGUGUGUUUUUCACUGGUGCCACGGGCUUCGUUGGCGCGUUCUUGUUGGCUGAUCUGCUCCGUAUGCCCAAUGUCUAUCAAGUAGGCUGUCUCGUCCGCGCCCUAGACUCGGAAAUGGGUCUCGAACGCCUACGCAAGGCGUUGGCCAAGUACGACCUGUGGGAGGAACGGUUCGUGAACAAGCUUCUCCCCCUCCCCGGUCUGCUAGAGGACGAAUACCUCGGUCUUGGUAUGGAGCGUUUCGAGGAGAUCGCCAACUGGGCCAGUGUUAUCUUCCACUUGGGUGCUAAAGUCAACUACACCCAGACAUAUACGCUACAUCGUCCUGCAAAUACAAUCGGCACAUUCAACAUAAUACGCUUUGCUGUGACUGGCCGGGUGAAAGCUGUACACUACGUGUCGAGUAUUUCCUGCUUUGGUCCCACAGGUUACUUUACCGGAGCCCAGUAUGUGAAGGAAGAUGAAUCGCUGAUGAGCCAUAUCGACUCCCUGCCGUAUGAUCAUGGGUACGCGCAGAGUCAGUGGGUAGUGGAGCAACUUCUCAGACGGUUGAUUGAACGUGGAUUUCCAAUCGCCGUGUAUCGCCCUGGCUUUAUCACUGGCCACAGCCAAACGGGGGCAUGCAAUCCCGACGAUUUCUUCAGUCGCCUGGUCCAAGCCUGCAGCGAGAUGGGCUGCUACCCGCAGCUUCCUUGCCAGCGUAAGGAGUUUGUGCCCGUGGAUUAUGUCAAUACCAUAAUCCUACACAUUGCAUCCACAGCGGCGUCUAUAGGCCAUACCUAUCACAUUGUCCCACCUCGUCCCUCCCUGUCAAUCAACAUGGAUGAUUCAAUGGAGCUGGUCGGCCAGGCGAGCGGCAGUGCCAUUGUCGGCGUUCCCUACCAGCAAUGGGUUGAGCGUUUGACUGAAGCGCCUCCCUUGAUGUUGCUAGCGCUGCAGCCCAUGUUGACGGAAAAGGUACACAACGGCUUGACACGAUGGGAGUUGUAUGAGAAUAUGCCUGUGUACGAGACUCACAAUACAGAACAGGCCAUGAAGGAUUAUGCGGGUGGCAUUCAGUUUCCCGAGUUGGAUGGAGCGUUGAUGAGCAAGUAUCUAGGUUAUUUAGAGACACAUUCAUAG